CAGCUGACUAGCUUUGGGGCCAAAUUAAACUGCUCCAACCUGUUACUAACCUAAAGGACUUAUGCAGGCCAUAGAUGGGUCGAAAAUCGGCCGAUUUUUCGGCGAAAAUAAAAUCGGCCGAUUUUCGGAUCGUUAGUGGGCUAUUUGGUCGGCCGUUUUUCGGUAUUUUGGCCGUUUUUUUUUUUUCUGUAAAGUUGGAAAAAAAUCGGCCGAUUUUUGCCGAUCGGCCGAUUUUCGCGGCAAUUAGUGGGCAAAUCGGCCGAUUUUUUGCCGAUAAAAAAUCUGCACAUGAGCAGUGA